AUCACAUAGGAAAUUAUAGCGGUGUGUAAACAUGGUGUCGAACAACCCGGUAUGCGACAAAGAUGUAAAACGACCUUGAAUGAGAUGUAAACAACAAGUGUAGGAUGUGGAGAUUUAUCUAUAGAAAAGUGAAUGGCCGUCCCGGCAAUUCAUCUCUUCGUCUUGGGCAGAUUCAAGCUGCUGAGAAGAAUGAAGAUAAGAAUAGCUCAUACCCUGAAGAAAAAGAUAAAGGACUUCAAAAGUCUUUAAGGUAUCAUGGCAAAGCAUUACUGGUAACAGAGGCCAGAAAAUGGGAAGAACAAGAGACCGAAACUUUGAAGUCUGGCUUCGACCUCGUGCGAUGUAUUUUGCACAACAUUCAGAACGCCCAGAAAAAUCGAACCCUAAGUUUCUCGAAUUGUUUUGCCAGAGGAAAGGAAGAUGAAAAUUCUAAGGCAUUCCAUGGGGAAUUGGGAUCGUGGUGUUCAGGGGUGCUUGCCCUUUCCAGCCUUCUAGUUUGCCGCAGGUUCUUUACAGAUGAAAAGUCUCUAUGGAAUGUUAAUAUCAAAAAAAUUCCCUCUCAUGUGUUGUCAAAGAUUUUGCCAGAGAGCAGAUUCCAUACUACUCUUGGAGUGUUGCCUUUGGCUGGAAGCUCUCAAGUCCACAAUGUGGGAAAUGCUAUGACAUCAGACCCUCUAGAUCAAGCUAUUGCUACAUUCCAGGCUUCUUUCAGUGAAUGCACAGCAGCCACCCAAAAUAAGCUCGGCAUAAAGUUUGCAUCACUAAAGCAGCACCAAAAGGCAUUUCUCCUUUUCAUGCAAGCCAGUGACCGAGGGCACCGUAUGGCACAAUUUAACCUGGGUUUGUGUUAUGAGAAUGGCAAAGGAGUGGAAAAAGAUUUGGCUAAAGCAGUAGAGUGUUAUGAAAAUGCUGCAGCUCAGGGCCAGGCAGGAGCCAUGUAUAAUCUUGCUAUUCUUUACAUGCAGGGAGAUGGGGGCCUCUUGAAAGAUCCUCAACACUCAAUUGAGCUUCUCAAAGAAGCUGCAGAACAUGGCCUGUGCAAGGCACAGUCAUUUCUAGGAUUGUACUAUGCUGAUGAAUCUUCCGGCCAUUGUGAUUAUGAAAAGGCAGUUCCUUAUCUUAAAAUGGCAGCAGCUAAAAAUGAUUCAUCAGCAGAGUAUAAUCUUGGAAUAUGCUAUGAGCGGGGUCUUGGUGUUGAGAGAGACAUGUCCAAAGCUGGAAUAUUUUACAAGUCUGCAGCUGAGCAUGGACAUACUGGAGCCCAGUACAAUGUAGGAGUGUUCUUUGAGCAUGGCCUUGGUGGCUUUGUGGUUGAUAAGAGGGAAGCUGCUCGAUUUUACCGCAUGGCAGCAGAGGCAGGAGAUGAAGAUGCUCUUCAUAAUCUUGUACUCCUUAGAAAGUCAGUGGAGACAGAAAAGCUGGCGAAACAGUCAGUAAAGCCUCAAACCCUGGUGUUCUCUUUGCUUAAGGAAAUGGUCAAGCCAAGUGGAAUGAGUGGUCAUGUGACACAGGAGAAUCAAGGUAUACCUCGCUGUGCAUCCAGUCCUGGCAUUCUGGAUCAGCCUGACAUUGAGCAGCAAAGUACUCCUUCAAGUACAUCUUCAAAUGCAUUGCUGGCAUUUUAACACAAAGGAAAUUUAGGUCAACAUCAAAUUUCAUAGGUGCCUUUCCGAUAGAACAGUAUGCUCUAUCUCCACCCAAUAAUCACUUAUGACAGAAACCUCACUGAAUGUGACUCUCAAUAAUUACCUUAAUACCUGUAUCUUGAAGGUAGUGACAGUUUUUAUUAAUUAUUAGAAGUAGUUGUGAAACAUUGGAGAUAUUCAGUUACAAAAUAUAUGUGCCGGUAGUAUCUGGUCAGGAUGUAACACUCUUGUAAAUAGGUUUUCUUUAUUUGGAAAAUUUAAGACUCUCUCUUUUGAUACAACUUUCAUAAUUUUGUAAUUUUGUUGUAUAUAGUAUUUACCUGAAGGUAUUUAGGAAAAAAUAGUUUAUUAACUAAAAGUUAACUCAAAGUUCCUAAAUUUAAUACACUUCUCAUUAAAAUAGAGGAGGAAUAACUGUAAAUUUCUAGUAAGGAUUUCAAAAGGAGUAUUAACAAUAAAAGUGCGACAUGA